AUGGGUCAUCGUCGAUUCUUGGACAAACAUCAUGCAUUUCGAGAUGAUGAGCGAUCUUUUGAUGGUACUAAAGAAAAAAGAACCGGAUCUAAUCCUUUAACUGGUUUUAUGGUAUUGGAUAUGUUACAUGGCUUCAAUAUCACUUAUGGAAAGAUGAGUACUAAUCCAGAAUUACCAUAUAAUUGGAAGAAAAGAAGCAUAUUCUUUGAAUUACCAUAUUGGAAGGAUAAUCUAGUGCGUCACAAUCUUGAUGUGAUGCACAUUGAGAAAAAUGUAUGUGAGAGCUUGCUUGGAACACUACUGAAUUUAGAGGGGAAGACAAAGGAUAAUCUAAAUGCACGUCUUGACUUGAAACUUCAAGGUAUAAGGCCUGAACUCCAUCCAAAAGAAAAUACAGCAAAUAAAACCAUCUUGCCUCUUUCUUGUUUCUCAUUAAAGAAACAAGAAAAAUAUGUUUUUUGUAAAUUUUUGAAGACUGUUAAAGUUCCUGAUGGUUAUGCAGCGAAUAUUUCACGGUGCAUCGACUUAAAGCAGCGUAGAAUCUUUGGACUUAAAAGUCAUGAUUGCCAUAUUUUGAUGCAACAAUUACUCCCUUUAGCAAUUCGAGGAAUGUUGAGUUCACAUGUAACUUCACCUUUGAUUGAGUUGAGUAAUUUCUUUCGAGAGUUAUGUUCUAAAGUUGGUUUGGCACAAGACUUUAUGCGUCUUGAAAGGCAAAUUCCGAUAACACUUUGUAAGUUUGAAAAAAUAUUUCCCCCUAACUUUUUUGACAUUAUGGUGCAUUUGGUGGUUCACUUAGCAUCUGAGGCUAGAUUAGCAGGACCUGUGCAUUAUCGUUGGAUGUAUUCUGUUGAGAGGUACUUGAGUAGAUUAAAGUCAUAUGUGCGAAAUAGAAGUCGACCGGAGGGUAGUAUGGCAAAAGGAUACCUUGCAAAUGAAUGCUUGACAUUUUGCUCGAGGUAUAUGGAAGGUGUUGAGACACAAUUCAAUCGGAUGUCUCGAAAUUAUGAUGAGGGGGGUAAUGGUACCGAAGGAUUAUCUAUUUUCUCAAUGCCUGGCUGA